UAUACCAACGUUGGAAGCCGACUUAUUUAAGUUAAAUUGAGGUUACAUUUUUUCCACCAGUUUUAAUGUUGGUGUAGCGAGGAUUCGAGUGGGGAAACAAGACGCAAUUGCUAAGGGCCAUAUAUAGAGGCGUCGGUUCUGGACACACAUCAGUCAUUCGGCAGAUCUCAUACAGCACAGAUACAACGGCCCCAGCAGCUGAUUAUUGCCCGUCAUAGAUUUCAAUUAAUAGUCUUGACCUGAGAAAAUACCGCCUGCCGAGAGGAGAGCCACAGUUGCAGUUAAAGUUCUUUCAUAAUAUGGAGCAUGUUAGUAAUAUUCAGCGUGACACAGUUGAAGACGUUUUCAUAGAACCUAAUUCAAAAAAUUUUGAUGAUGAUGGAUUUGUAGCAGUAUGGAUAGACUUGUUUGGAAACAAUUUCCGAGAUAAAUUUCCAAAUGAUUUUGAUGCUUGGAACGUAAAGAAGCAAUCAAGUUGGAUAAAACAGAACUUAGCGAUAUUUUUUCCAAACGUGCCACAUACAAUACUGAGCUUCAUUUCGGCUGCUUAUUGCCAAUUAGAUUUUUAUCGAUCUCCAGAAGAAUUACCUGAAUGGAUGAAUAUGGAUAAAUAUCGGAGAGGGCAAAAAUUUGUCCAAAAUCAUUAUUUCUCCAUUAUUAUGGCCAAAUUUAUGGGUCUUAUUUGUAUAUUUUCAUUCAAAGAAGGACUAUCAGCAUUUCUUCUGGGAGAACACAGUCACACUCCAUAUUUAGGAUUUAAAAAGUACAUAUCGACGAUAAUACGAAUGUCAAAUUGGUAUAAAGGAGAUCCUUGGGUUAAGGGAACUAAAGCUUAUAAGGACAUGCAAGUAACAUGCAGAAUGCACUUGGCGGUAAGAAAGAAAGUGUGUCAGAUGGAGCAUGAGCAAAUUACUUCUGCGUGUACAUUUGCAAAUCCAUGGAGUUUAGACCGUGAAUUGCUUCUGAAAGAUUUUGCUUCAGCUGGUCUACCUGAAAAAUUCGAACCUGAUAAAUUUGUCAGUAAAUUACCAUGCAAACCAAAGGGUAUAAAUAACUCGGAUUUCGCAAUUGCCCAGGGCGCUUUUGUAACUCUGCCUUUGCUCUAUUCACAAAGCAUUGGAAUAUACAACGCGACUGACGAAGAUUUGGAAGCCUUCUGCCAUAUGUGGAAGUGUUUUGGAUAUUUUCUCGGAUUAGAAGAUGAGUACAAUUUUUGCCGUGGCAGUCUCGAGGAAAUAAAACAACGUGGACGUGAUCUUCAAUAUUGGAUAAAAGAACAUUUCAAAGAGUUGACACCAGAAUGGGAGCAUACUUCGAGGUGUCUUGUCAACUCGAUUAAUUAUAUUGUAACAUAUUAUAUGCCUUUUAAGGUGAUGAUAUUAUUCAUUACAGAUGCAUUAGAUUUAAACAUGCCUCAUUUAUACGCAUCACUUAGUUAUGCAGAGUUAAUCACGUAUAAGAUCUAUAAAGCUUUAUUCUACGCAUUAAAAUUUUCAAGUGUAAGAGCUAUUAUUAAUAAAAUAGCAUUGAAACUAAUUAAUAGAGCAGCAAACUUCAAUGCGGAAAAAUUAGAAAAAAUUCACGAGCAAUCAAAAAAAAUAGUACCAGAUUUCUCUCUUACGUAAUAACAGUUGACAAAAAGUGGUUUGUCAAUAUAUUGUCAACCUGCAAUAUAUAUUAUAGUAAGGCUUUUAGAGAUACUUUGUAUUAUUAAAAAAUAAGUUAAGAAUAAACAAUUUUU